UUACAUACCACCACAUCUGAAUAACGAGUCUCUACCACGCCAUCAUCGUCCAAUACUCGCCGCAAUAUCACUUUUUUACGUCCCUCCGCCCUCCUCCAAUUGAUGGUUGAGACCUGGACAUGAUCUCUUCCCCGAAAAACCGUUGACACCACCGCCAUGGCCACUCCUACUCCGCCCUCCCCACGUUCAUAUAGACGCUAUCUUACAUCUGCACUACACACGAGAUUUGUCCAUGCCGCUCUAUUCUCCUUUGGGAUCGCCCUUCAUAAUGUUUUCUGGAUAGGCGGGGAACGAGAUCUUAUAUGGUCCUGGCUCCCUGUCGGUCCUGCUGGGAUUAAAGCACUGGUCUUCUCCCUGUCCAGCUUCCUCAUCUUCGUGCUCCAGAUAGCAACGCUCGCCAUUGGCUCUCAGACCACUGCCUCUCACUUCUCCACCUUCAGAAAGAACUCCUUGAGUUUCGCCGCAGUUCAGACCUAUGGCUGGUACCUUGCCUCUGCCUGGUGGUUCUCCGAGGCCUAUAUUUGGUCCUCCCCAGACUUAUCCUGGGUCACAAAGAAUCAUCAUGGUCCUUUAGACCGGCUCAACGAACGCCCGAUCUUCUUCCGUUUCUACGCUAGCGUCCUGGCACUAUGCGCUGCAACUCUUCACCUCUACCAGCACCGCUCAACUUUGCACUUCCCAAUUUCUAAAUUGCCCUCGACGCCAAAAGCUGACGAGUAUCAUAAAUCCACACAUGUCCUCGACCCAGUCCAAUCCCAGAUAUGGCGCAAAGUCAUUCCAUUCACCUUGGAGAGUGCCAGCGUUGUGGCCGUUUCCCUCAUCCUCAGCCCCUUCAUCUACAACUACUUCUUUCGUGGCCUGUUCUGGUCCGGCCAUUUAUUCUUUGCAAAGCUUUACUUCAAUAUUUCCAGGGCAGACGAGACAUACUCGGGAUAUCCUCCCUUGGGAAAAUUCUUGCUACAUAGUGGAGGUGCCGGCUUUCUGCUGAUGAUGACCUGGCAGUUAUCAACUUUCCUAUUCUUGACCUCGAUGGCUCAAGAACCCACAAAGUCGGGAUACCCUUUGUCUAGAUCCAGUAAGGAUCCUAAUGGAACCUUGUUGAGUGGGCUAAAGGCAAAAAGAGAUGUUGUCAAGACUUUUGCGUACUGGGAACUGGCUAUUAUUGCCCAGAAGCACAAGGAUCGGAGGCAAGCAAUCUUUGAGGAUAUCGAACGGCCAACUGGCCCGAUGUGGACACAAAUGCAACAGCCAGGAUUGAGAAUCCUUCAAAAUAUUGUCACUCGUAUCGACGACUCGCUGCGGACAGCUGCAGCAGCACAAACACCGGCACGAGCGGGUACCCUGCCGCGCAUAGUCGGUGAAGCAUCGGCCCCCUCAAUAUACGCGCCGACGCCACGAGCUAGUUUGCGGGAGUACCUGGUCUCGAAUACACUUCGCGAUUUCGGCUCCAGUCAAAAGCCCUUUCGCCCACCUGUCAAAGAGAUCGCCGAUGCCGUGGGCAAAUCGUCCUUCAGUGCCCUAUUACGACAGUGGCUAUUCGAGCCUUCUUCAAGUUGUAUAGCGUGGCUGUUCAGUUCAACUAGAGCGGCAAAGAUCAAUGCCCUUGUUCUGGGUACUCCAAAUGGCAACGCUGCCUUGCUUGUGGAUAUUAUUGAAUCCAUAACGAAAAUGCUAGUGGCGAGUCUCGGAGAAGACACGUAUGGCAGGGCAACUCCGACGGUUCCUGAGACUGUGACUGUAUUCACCAAGACAUUGACAGCAAUUGAGGAUUUGAUGAGCGUGAACCAAGGUUACACAGAGGGGGAAAUUGAGGAAGUCGAAAUUGUGGUCCAGCGACUUAGAGGUGGGUUGAGGGAACUGCUGGCGGCCUUUCAGCUUUAUUUGAUCGAUGUGGGCUUGGGAAUUGCGGAAUUAAACCAAGCAAAGAGAGCGAUCGAGGAGCCAAAAUCCAAUGGGUUGAACGGUUCCUCGGGAAUGCCUCUCCUCAAAGAGUCACAACAGGAGGAACGCUCUCGUAAAGCGCAGACUCAACAACGACAACAGCGAGAGCCAGCCAAAAGAGCAGAACAAGAACAAGCCAAGGGACACUCAAAUGAUGUACUACCAAGCUCAGGUAGCUUUGGAAGGACAAAUUCCAAUAGGCGUCUCUUUCCAAGACGAGAGAUGCAAGAAGUUAGAUAACGAUGGUAACGACAUUCAUCAUUCAUCAAUCAUUACAAAAUUGCACCUGAGAGAUGU